AUGAAUCCAGUGACAGACGAAGUUGUUAUAUUAUUAGAGACGCCAUUUCGACGUUGGAAGUCUAAUAAUAAAAAUGAUUUAAUAAAGGUAGGUAUGCCUAUGCCGGCUUUGUCAGUUUUGACUCCUGACAAAAAAUUAAGCAAGGUAUUCUGUAGAUCAUUUAAUUUAAAUUUUUAUAAACAACACUCAUGGUUAUGUGGAAGUCAUUAUUUACAAAAAUUGUUUUGUUGGCCGUGUUUGUUAUUGGGUAAAAUUCAGUCUGUUUGGAAUACUAUUGGUUAUUGUGAUUUAAAAAAAUUAUCUAGGAGUAUUCAAAUACAUCAAUCAUCAAAAGAACAUAUUCAUAACCAUUUAGGAUUAAAACAUUUAGAAAAAAAUAGUUUUACUAUAGUAGAUAUUGUUAAUGAGCAUGGUAAUUUGUUUAAAAAAAAUUAUAAUGAAAAUGUGAGAUUGAAUCGUUUAUUUAUGGUGCACUUAAUUGAUUUGGUUAUAUUUUUGGGAAAACAAGAGCUAGCAUUUCGUGGUCAUGAUGAGAGCAGUGAUUCAUUAAACAAAGGGAAUUUUAAAGUGUUGUUUGAUAUGCAUAUUGUUAGGUGUUCUCAAGAAAUACAAAAUCAUUAUAAAAGUAUAAAAAACACAUUUUCAGAUAUCAGUCAAAAAACACAGUGUUCAAUUGUAAUUAGAUAUGUUACAGAUAAAUCUGAAUUAGUUGAACGUUUUUUGGGUUUUCAUAAUGUUAGUGAAGAUCGCACGAAUCAAGGUUUAUUUAAUUUGGUUUAUUCUGUUUUACAUGAGUUUGAUGUGGAAAAUAAAUUAGUUGGCCAAUGUUAUGAUUGA